UGAUACAGGGUUUGAUUUAACACACCGAUGUUGGAGUGAAGUAAACGUGUGUCCUGCUGUAAUCUGGAGAAGGAGACAUGACCUCCAACAUGAGUGUGUCUGGAAAACAGGACUUAAAGAGAGACGAGAGAAUGAAGGAGGGAAAGAGAUCAGACUCACCAGAACCCAGCUGUGUGUCCAUGAAGAGUGACUGAUCAAUGGAGCAACCACUUACCUUCAGAGACGGAGCCAGUUCUCCUGAUGUGAGACCACAACAGAAGAAAUCAAACCUCAGCAGAAAUCAGUUGGACUCCAUAUUCAAGCAGGAGCUGGAACACAAAGUCAUCACUCUGAUAAAGAAUGAGCUGAAGACAUUUAGGAAGCUCCUGAGUCCAGAUUACCCAGCAUGCACUGAGAGGGAGGUGGAGGAUGAGGAGGAUCUGCACAGUGUCAGAGACGGAGCGCUGAAGAUCACACUGCACAUCCUGAAGAACAUGAACCACACAGAUCUCGCUCACACACUGCACAACAAGUCUGUGGCCUCUGUGUAUCAGACAAAGCUGAAAUCCAGCCUGAGAGAGAAGUUUAAAAGAAUUAAUGAAGGAAUCUCACAGCAUGGAAGCUCAGCACUUCUGAAUGAGAUCUACACAGAGCUCUACAUCACAGAGGGUUGGAGUGGAGACGUCAAUAAUGAACAUGAGGUGAGACAGAUUGAGACAGCGUCCAGGAGACCAGCAACACAGGAGACACCCAUCAAAUGUAAUGAUCUCUUUAAAGACAAGUCCAUCAGAAGUGUGCUUACUAAAGGAGUUGCUGGAAUUGGAAAAACAGUCUCUGUGCAGAAGUUCAUUCUGGACUGGACUGAAGGAAAAGCAAAUCAGGACGUCACCUUCAUGUUUCCACUUCCCUUUAGAGAGCUGAAUCUGAUGAAGCAGAGACAUCUCAGUCUGAUGGAUCUUCUUCAUCACUUUUUCCCUGAAAUGAGAAAACUAGAAUUAAUAGACUCCUACAAAGUGGUGUUGAUCUUUGAUGGUCUGGAUGAGUGUCGACUUCCUCUAAAUUUCCAGAAGAAUGAGAGACUGUGUGAUGUGACAGUGUCAGCCUCAGUGGAUGUGCUGCUGACGAACCUCAUCAAGGGGAAUCUGCUUUUCUCUGCUCUCCUCUGGAUAACCUCUCGACCAGGAGCAGCCAAUCAGAUCCCUCCUGAGUGUGCAGAAAAGGUAACAGAGGUACGAGGGUUCAGUGAUCCUCAGAAAGAGGAGUACUUCAGGAAGAGGAUCAGUGAUCAGAGCCUGGCUGAUAAAAUCAUCUUACACAUGAAGUCUUCAAGAAGCCUCUACAUCAUGUGCCACAUCCCAGUCUUCUGCUGGAUCUCAGCCACUGUUCUAGAGAGAAUGUUGGGUGAAGCAGAGAGUGGAGAGAUCCCCAAGACUCUGACUCAAAUGUUCACACACUUCCUGAUCUUUCAGAUCAAACACAAGGACCAAAAAUACCAUCAGAAAUGUGACCCUGAUCCUCAGCAGACCAGAGAGAGUAUCCUGGCACUGGGAAAACUGGCUUUCCAACAGCUGGAGAAAGGAAAACUGAUCUUCUAUGAGGAAGACCUGAGAGAGUGUGGCAUUGAUGUGAGAGAAGUGUCAGUGUACUCAGGAGUGUGUACCCAAAUCUUCAGAGAGGAGUUUGGGCUUCACCUGGGGAAGGUGUUCAGCUUUGUACAUCUGAGUGUUCAGGAGUUUCUGGCUGCUUUAUACACAUUUCUCUCCUUCAUCAGCAGAAAUGUAACAGAACAACCAACCAUUAAUCUGUCUGAUCUUCUCAACAAGUCAAACAUGUCUGAUCUCCUCAAGAGUGCAGUGGACAAGGCCUUACAGAGUGAGAACGGACACCUGGACCUGUUCCUCCGCUUCCUUCUGGGUCUCUCACUGGAGUCCAGUCAGACUCUCUUACGAGGUUUAAUGCCACAGACAGGAAGCAGCUCUCACAGCAAACAGGAAACAGUCGAGUACAUCAAGGAGAAGAUCAGGGAGAAUCCAUCUCCAGAGAAAUCCAUCAAUCUGUUCCACUGUCUGAAUGAACUGAAUGAUCAUUCUCUAGUGCAGGAAGUACAGACUUACCUGAACAGAGGAGGUUACAGUCGUCUCAGGGGAACCAGACUCUCUCCUGCUCAGUGGUCAGCUCUGGUGUUUGUGUUACUGAACUCAGAUCAGGAGCUGGAUGAGUUUAAUUUGAGUAAAUAUGACCGAUCAGAGGAAUGUCUUCUGAAGCUGCUGCCAGUGGUCAAAGCCUCCAGAAGAGCUGUGUGAGUAUUUUUAUUUAUA